AUGGCAUUAGCUUUAAUACAUGGUGCUAGAAAAUUACGACAUUAUUUUCAAAGCCAUCCAAUCGCCGUGGUAACGACAUUCCCCCUACGGAGUAUUCUCCAUAGGCCGAAAUUAUUAGACAGAUUGGCUAAAUGGGCGAUUGAACUUAGUGAAUUUGAUAUUACUUAUCAACCUAGAAAUGCUAUAAAAUCGCAAAUUCUUGCCGAUUUUGUAGCAGACUUUAGUUCAAAAUUAACUUUGGAGGUAGAAAAAGAAACCAUCGCAACUUCAAGGUCAUUCUCCGGGAUAUGGACCCUAUACACGGAUGGGGAAUCUAAUGAAAGUGGGUCGGGAUUAGGCUUAGUGCUUAAAGUACUCAGCGGAGAAAUUGUCUACCAGGCCAUUAAAUGCCCAAAAAUUACUAACAAUGAAGCCGAGUAUGAGGCUGUUGUUGCAGGUUUAAAACUUGCUUUGGAAUAUGGAGCAGAAAGCAUCAAGGUACAUUGUGAUUUGCAAUUGGUGGUCAACCAGGUUUCACGGGAAAACAAUGCGGAGGCCGACGACUUAGUAGAAUUGGCAUUAGCUGCUGAUCCCGCAGAACCAAGAAGCAGAAUUGUAAUCCAUUUAUUGUAUCAAAUUGGUUGCGAAAUUGAAGUGUGUGCAACGGGAUCAACACAUGAUUGGAGAAAUGAGAUAUUUAAUUAUUUACAACAAGGAACUCUACCCGUGGAUAAGAAGGAAGUACGAAAAUUACGAGUAAAAGCCGCUAGAUAUUGCUUGGUUUACGGAGAGCUAUAUCGGAGAACCUUUGGAGGGCCACUCACCAAGUGUUUAGGACCAACGGACACAGAACCCGCUAUGAAACAAGUGCAUAGUGGAUAUUGUGAAAAUCACUCCGGUGAGAGAUCAUUAGCCCGAUGUUUGCUGCGUGCAGGUUAUUGUUGGAACACAAUGGAAAAAGAUUCACAAAACUUUGUACGACGAUGCAUAGAAUGUCAAACAUAUGCGUCUGCAAUACAUCAACCUGCAGAGCCUCUUCAUUCGGUGAUUACCUCAUGGCCGUUCAUGAAAUGGGGACUUGACAUUAUUGGACCAUUCCCAGAAGCCAAAGGUAAAGUUAAAUUCUUACAUGUUGCAACUGACUAUUUUUCUAAGUGGGUUGAAGCAGGGGCACACGCAAAAAUUGACAAGAGCAGGGCGGAGGCACUGGUACCAAUUGAAGUGAUGGAGCCAAGCAUAAGAUAUUCGCAUGCUACAGAUACAGAGAACAUGGAAGCAAUGACGGAUGAACUUGAUCUAUUAGAAGAACACCGAGAAUUGGCUGAUCAAGUUAAUUGCGCAGAAACAGCAGGUGGAAAGAUAUACAAUAAUAAGACCAAAUUGCGCCAAAUUAAACUUGGAGAUUUGGUCAUGCGAAUGGUAACUCCAUCCACUAAGAUACCGAAUGAAGGAAAACUAGGAGCAAAUUGGGAAGGACCCUAUAGGGUUAUAGCUUAUGCAGGGAAAGGAGCAUUUCAAUUAGAAACUUUGGACGGGAAGAUUGUCUCCAACAACUACAACAUAAGCAAUUUAAAGCUCUUCCAUUCCUAA